AUGGAGAAACUGAGAGUGGGAACUAGAAGGCGCUGUGAGAUCCAGGUUGAGAGUUUUAUGUAUAAUAAUAAUUAUAAGUCUUUUUUGGGAAAGGAAGCUAUGCGAAUCUUGGUAGUGAAACAUGAAACACGUCUGUUUGAGAGCACAACUGGGAAAUUGAUCGAACAAAAUACAGAAUGGAGGGUAAACGGAAGAGUGGAAGAGUAG